GUCUCAGGCUGAGGGAAAUAUGAUCAGCGCCCCUGACGUGGUGGCCUUCACCAGAGAGGAGGAGCUGGAGGAUGAACUGUACAGCGAGCCGCCUCUACCCGAGGAGUACUCGGUGCCGCUUUUCCCCUUUGCCAGCCACGGCGCCAACCCCUGGGCCAAGGUCGCCAGCUCCAAGUUCACCCGGGACUUCAUCCUCAUCUCCGAGUUCUCGGAGCAAGUGGGGCCCCAGCCCCUCCUGACCAUCCCUGAUGACACCAAAGUGUCAGGCACUUUUGAUCUCAAUUAUUUUUCCCUCCGGAUCAUGUCAGUGGAUUACCAGGCUUCCUUCGUGGGGCACCCUCCUGGCUCUGCCUACCCAAAGCUGAACUUUGUGGAGGACUCCAAGGUGGUGCUGGGGGACUCGAAGGAAGGAGCAUUCGCGUACGUCCACCACUUGACUCUGUACGACCUCGAAGCCAGGGGUUUCGUGAGGCCCUUCUGCAUGGCCUAUAUCUCUGCUGACGAGCACAAAAUCAUGCAGCAGUUUCAGGAACUCUCCGCUGAGUUCUCCAAAGCUUCUGAAUGCCUAAAGACAGGGAACAGAAAAGCUUUUGCUAAUGAACUGGAAAAGAAACUGAAAGAUCUCGACUACACUAGGACUGUUCUGCACAAUGAAACCGAGAUACAGAAGAAAGCCAAUGAUAAAGGGUACUACACAACUCAAGCCAUCGAGAAGGCCAACGAGCUGGCCAGCGUGGAAAAGUCUAUCAUCGAGCACCAAGAUCUGCUGAAACAAAUCCGGUCAUAUCCCUACAGGAAGUUGAAGGAGUCUGACUUCCACCCCUACGAGCCGGAGCGUGCGCUGGAUCAGGCCAAUGCGGGCUGUGAUCAGGAUCUGACUACCUCCGACCUUGCUGAGCCUGGUGAAACACACCUUUAUGCUCAUGUGCCGUCCUAUACCCCCAAGCUCAUCAAAGCGAAGUCUGCCAAAUGCUUUGACAAGAAGCUGAAGACACUGGAGGAACUCUGCGAUAUUUAUUUUUUCACCCAAACCCUUGACCAGUUGCAACAGAUCGAGAGGACUUUCAGAGGUGACAUGUGCUACCUCCUGACAGACCAGAUCAGCAGGGCACUCUUAAAGCAACAAACCGUAACUAACUUCCUCUUUGAGGAUGCAUCUUUUCUGGAUGAAAAACCACCUGAAAAACAGUACAGAGGCUGCGAGGGGCUCAGCCAAGAUGCCAUCGAUAGGAAGUGUUUGGAAGAGUUCCCUGCUCCUAAAGUGGUCAUUAGCCUGGGAUCCUACAAGUCCAGCGUGGAGUGUGUGCCCAUCAAGAUGGAGCAGGAAAUUGAUGACUCCCAAGAACCCAAAAUGACUGAGUCUGUCACAUUCGAACACCAGGAGAACCUGGACUAUCUCGAUGCAGAUAUUAAAGGCAGCAUCAGUAGUGGUGAGAGCAUCGAGGUUCUUGGAACGGAGAAAUCUGCAUCUGGCUUGACAAAAUCGGAGAGCCAGGCCAGUCUACCCAUCAGCCCCAGUCCCCAGGUGGGCAGGAGCAAGGUGGGCAGCCAGCGGACUGUCAGCGAGGACAGCAUCGAGGUUCUCAGCACAUGUCCCUCUGAGUCACUCAUCCCAGAAGAUUUCAAAGCGAGUUACCCAAGUGCCAUUAAUGAGGAACCUUACAUGGAUGAUGAAGAGGGAGGCCUUCAUUUCACCUCCAAACUAAACCUGGACAGUGUCGAUGAACAGGGAAACGUUUCAAAACAGGAAAACUUAGUGCAGGUUGAUUCUGCCUGUUGUAUCGGGAAGGAGAGUCCCAACUUCCUCGAGCCUCUGCCUGACCUGGGACAGAAGCCCUGCGAUGAGGACGGGGUGGUCAGGAUCCCCCCGCAGCCGUACCGGCAGGCUGAGCAGGGGCUGCGUGGGAGCUUCGGGGGCUUCCCCUCCCGCGACGGCAUCUCAGGGGGUCUCCUCCCUUAUGAGCUUGACUCACGCUACCUGACAGGCAGCAGGGAGGUCAGUAAGAGCAGCCUGGAUGAGUGCUCAGACUCCACAAGCUAUAUCAGCAGCGCUGCCUCCACGUGCUCCGACAGGACCCCUUCUCCUGCUUACCCCGCCUGUCAGGAAAGCGAAAGACACAAAAAAAAGGCCGGUCAGAACGCACUGCGGUUCAUCAGGCAGUACCCCUUUGCUCACCCCGCCAUCUACUCCCUGCUCAGUGGGAGGACCCUGAUCGUGCUGGGGGAAGAGGAAGCAAUAGUCAAGAAGCUCGUGACGGCGCUCUCCAUCUUUGUGCCAAACUGCGGCGUUUACGCCAAGCCCGUGAAGCACUGGGUCACUUCCCCUCUGCACAUUGUGGAUUUCCAGAAGUGGAAGCUGAUUGGUCUCCAGAGGAUGGUGUCACCUGCCGGGGUGAACGUGCUGCACACCCUGAGCCGCUACAGCCGGUACGUCAGCAUUCUGGACGCCGACAGUAAGACUCUCCGCUGCCCGCUUUACAAAGGCACCUUGGUGUCACGGCUGGCAGACCACCGCACACAGAUCAAACGAGGAAGCACCUACUAUAUGCACGUCCAAAGUAUCCUCACCCAGCUGUGUUCAAAAGCCUUCCUCUUCACCUUCUGCCAUCAUUUGCACCUUCCCAUCAGUGAAAGGGAACCGGAGGAAUCUGUAGUGAAUCGCAGGAUGAACUUUCUGAAGCUUCAACUAGGCCUUGCCAACGAAGAUAUCAAAAUUGUACAGCAUUUAGCUGAGCUGCUGAAGAUGCAGUACAUUCAGGAACCCGGCCAGGGGGUGAACCCCCUGCUCAGUUUUGACUAUGUUCCCAGCUUUUUGUACAAAAUCUAGCCUUGCGCGGGCUGUCUGCCUGUGUCCUCCGAGUCUGACAAAGCUCAUCCGUGCUUGACAUUGAUGCUGUCUGCAGUAGCUCUCAUAGGUCGGGAAGGGGCGAAGUAGCCGAUGUGUUUGCAUGUGUCUCUGCUCCGCAGAAAUCAGUGUCUGAGGGACUGGAUUUCUGUGUGGUUCCCUCUAGCCAAGAACGUAGAUAUUCCAUCACAUAAAACACCAGGCACUCUGUUUUAAAGUGUUAGAAGGGGCACUGUUAACUUUGCAAAUGUAUCGUGGCAACAUCCCAGGGGGAUUCUGGUGUGGAGAGAGAGGUGAGCUGCCUUGGGGAUAAAUACUUACUGGCGUGCAGCCCCCAAAAAUAAUGCAGCAUUCCGCACACUUCUGCCAGAGCCUAAAAUGCUGUUGGUCCCUCCCAUGGAGCCAGGGUGGAGACCAGAGGGGAGAUGUAAAGGCCACAUAAAGGUUUUUAAUCCACUUGUGUCUCAUGUGAGUGUAGCUCGGAAGCUCCCUGGCAGGGUGGCAGCUUGCAGUGAUCUGUCUGUAUGCAGCAGUAGCGGAUGGUCUGUCCCUGCCUGCAUUUUUCCGAGUUUCCUGGCGCUUCCCAGGACAGAUUGUCCCUGGGUGAGCGGGAGCACGCUGAAGGCUCACGUGUUUCUCUCCAGAA